AUCUCGUUGGCUCUAUUGAAAACCUUAUCUAUUGUGCUCCUUUAGCUGCCUUAUUUUAUAAAAAUAUUCUACUAACAAAAUCCUCUGCUUAAAAAUCAUAGACCAGAGGCUGAUGAUUACCAUUCAACCAAACUCAAAGCCAUGGCAGCACUUAUCAUCAUCUACUCUAAAUUGCCAACUCUUUCAUGUUUCAUCAGAAACCAAGAAACUUUCCUUUGGAACAGUAACUUGUAACAGCAUCAAAGAUCAAGAUAACAAGAAAGCUAAGAUCAAGCGGCUUGUUCUUAGCCAAGAGGGAAGAACCAAACUCGAUAUUCGACCCGAUAAACAAUUCUAUGAUUACCCCAGAUUUGUGACUCAUGUUGAUGACAAGUUUAUUUCUACAUUGACAAGUGUUUAUAGAGAAAAGUUGAGGCCUGAUACAGAGAUUUUUGAUCUCAUGAGCUCAUGGAUUAGUCACUUGCCAGAAGAUAUACAGUAUAAAAGAGUUGUGGGACAUGGGCUUAAUGCACAGGAGCUUGCCAGGAAUCCAAGGCUUGAUUAUUUCUUUGUGAAAGACCUGAAUCAAGAUCAAGAUUUUGAACUGGAGAGUUGCAGUUUUGAUGCUGUUCUGUGUACUGUUAGUGUCCAAUAUCUUCAGCAGCCUGAGAAGGUAUUUGCAGAGGUAUGCAGGAUACUAAGGCCAGGAGGGGUGUUUAUAGUGAGUUUUAGUAACAGAUUGUUUUAUGAAAAAGCAAUUAGUGCAUGGAGAGAGGGGACUGCAUAUAGUAGAGUGCAACUGGUUACACAAUACUUCCAAUGUGUAGAAGGGUUCACUCAGCCGGAAACCAUAAGGAAAUUACCGGGCACCGGAGGCGGCAUUCAGGAAGAGAAAUCACCGUUGAGUUGGAUAAUGGGGUUGCUGGGAUUGAUGUCUGGAUCAGACCCUUUCUAUGCAGUUAUUGCUUACAAAAAUUUCAAACCUAUCUAUGACUAAUACUUGUUCUCUUUUCUUCUUAAAAAUGUCUUUGUAAAUUUGUAUCUUCAGAGCAGUGACGGAACCAGGACUAAAUCCUCGGGGGCUCAAAUUCGAAAGCGCAGCUGAGUAGGUUGUCGCGGGUUCGCGGCCGAAUGAAUUCAUGUUGUGUUUAGUUGGGGAGAAUGGAAUGGAAUUACUAGAAAUACUUGAAACUAAUAGAGAUAGGAAGAAAGUUUUGAAAUUUUUUUGAGAGAGUGCAAAAUUGCUAUGAUGAAAUUUGAGAAGAAAUUGAGGAUAUGAGAGAAUGAAGCAUUCCAUCUCAAAUUGAAGGUAUGAUAUUUAGCACAUGAUGUAAGGAAUGGAAUGGAGCUGGAAAGAAUGAAAUUUCUUAACAAUUGUCCAAAAGAUAUUUCAUUUUUCAUUUCAUUCCUUCCGGAAUCAUUCAUCCCAACCAAACACAACAUUAUAGUAGUGAGAUGUUGAGUUAGGGGAUAAGUGAGUGCGUAUGACUUAUGAGUGUAUCUUUUUGAAUGUACUCUCUCCAUACCAAAUUAGAUGAUCCUUUUGAGAAAAUUUUUUAUUUCGAAA